AUGUAUUCCCAUUCUGGCCCAAAUACUUCUUUACAUAAUAAUAAAAGAUUUGUAUUCAACAAUAACCUCAAUAAGUUACUUUCUGACGCUAAGAGAUUUCCUCCGAGCACUAAUCCUUGCGUAAAAUGUACCCAAAAAAAGAGAUCGUGCAUAUGUGACGCUAUUAACUCCGGAGUUGGAAGAACUCCAAGGUAUGAAAUCUCUGAGUUGCGGGAAACAAAGUCGAUGUUAAACGACCUGAGAGACUCCCUGAACGAUGUCGAUAUGGAAAAAUGGUCGGCACACACGAAGCUUCUGGACAACACAUCGCUGGUCACAAAGCACUUAUCCGAACUCAAGUUGAACGUAAACGGAAAAAACGAGCAGGGAGUUGAGCUGAUCACGAAUGCUUGGUUAAAGUUGUACGAGAUCCUGGAGUUUUACAACUUAGUGGAGUAUCUUAAGCCUAAUUUUAAGGCCGAGGGAGGGGUCCUGACGUCGUUUCAUAUUUCAGAGUGUCCUGGCGGUUUCGUGGCAGCUUUAAACCACAAUUUAAAGUCGAAAAACUACUCUGGGCACCUGAAAUGGUUUGCAACCUCGCUGAACCCAUACUACGAAGGGAAUGACCCCAAUGUGGUCCUGGCCGAAGAUAUACUGUUCAGAGAAACGUAUCAGAACUGGUUACUGGGCUGUGAUAACUCAGGAAACAUAACAAGAUCAUGCAAUAUUGAGUUCAUAUGGGACCAUAUAAGCAGACCAAGUAGGCACAACAAAGCUAAGACACCAAUACUGGUUGACUUGGUGACAGCAGACGGCUCGUUCAACUGCCAGUUUGACCCAAAUAACCAGGAGAGGCUGACAUCAUCCCUUAAAUUCGCAGAAGUUGUUUGCGCCCUGGGCCUGUUGAGAGUGGGAGGAUGCUUUAUAGUUAAAAUGUUUAACCUAUUUGAGGAGUGUUCGUUGUCUAUAUUCACGUUGUUGGCGCUGUGCUUUAAAAAAAUUGAAGUCUACAAGCCCUUGUUGUCAAAAGAGAGCAAUUCCGAAGUUUACGCAGUCUGUUUAAACUUUAACGGAAUCACAUCAAUACUACUAUCGUCUCUCUGUAAAUUUGUCGAUCAGUACUCAAAUGAAAAAAACAACAUGAGUAUAUUCCCAAGAGAGUGGGUGCCAUCAGGCUUUAAAGCAGAAUUUGUGGACUGCUCAAAGUUAUUUGCAGAAAACCAGUGGAGGAACCUGAGAAACGCACUGUCGUUGUAUAAAACCACACUGAAUGAGAAUCCGUACUACAAGGACAAGAGAGAGUUCGCAAACAUCUUCAUCAAGCAGUUUAAGAUAGGGCCAAUAAGUCCAGAGUCGAGGCUGGUUAAGAGAGCACAGUUCGGGCAGUUUCUGAUAUCCGGCAAGGACACGAGUUCCCUGGGACACGUGGAAAAAAGGUACUACGCCAAGUACCAGGACAGAAAGGAGUACCACAGCAUGUAUGAGGCCCUGCAGGCGAAAAGGAGGAGCAAUAAGAAGGCUAACGACGUGUACCUGCACCUGGGCUCGGACAGCGACGACCUGUACAGCAAUUCAGUGAAGGAGGUGCUCAAGUACAUACAGAAAAACAGGCCGAAGGGGAAGCCGGAGAGAGAAGAGGGGCCUCUGGAAAUGCAGUUUAAGCUGGACGAGGACGUGCACGAGAGUCUCCUGGACGACCUGAAGAACCAGAGGUACAUGAAGGAAAACUGGUUCAGCAUAGGAAACAUGGAAGCAGAGGAGUUCAAGUUCAGCUUCUUCUGCAGCAAUGACGCGCUCUUUGAGCUCAUGUGCCUGAGGUCGUACUGCAGCAGGAGGUUGCCGGUGACGACGGCGCAGGAGUGCAUAGUUAAGUCCUCGUCGUACGGGGAGGCGCUGACGGACCUUAACUCGUUCCCGAACGCGACGAUGGUUCACCUGGCGCUGAUCCUGAAGAACCACCUGAACGCGAAGAACUACCGGUGCUACCUGGAGAUCACGUCCAACAGCUCGCAGCAGUUCCCAGCAAUCUCGCUCCUGAAGCGCUACGGCAUAGCAGGGUCGCUGAUUUACAACCACGCACAGGCGACGCAGGAGGCCGAGGCGACCAGUGAGGCUGAGGCGGAAGAAGACGAACAGAGUAACCUGUUCGUGUUCGAGAACCUGUUUGAGCUGCACACAAUACUGAGCAACUUCCCGGGCGAAGGCACCGUGGACCUGUGCUACGAGUACGACUAUUCAAACCUGCUGUCGACAGGCCAAUCAUACAAGACGCUGAUCGGGGAGAUACUGGAUUCGAACCUGAAGAGGAACUGCAACUUCAUAUUCUGUGACACGGGCGACAGUAAGAGUUACAGGGAGCUGCUCCACAAGGAGUUGAGCGCGAAGGUCGUCAUGGUGGCCCAGCUGAUACAGAGCUUGAACUGUCUGAGCGAUAGUGGAGACAUGGUCGUGAGAGUGUUCACAGUGUUCACCAGGUUCACAGUCGGGAUACUGUGCUGCCUCGCAACCGUGUUCGAAAGCGUUUACCUCUACAGGCCCGAGUCGGUCGUGAGUUGGUCCCAGGAAACGUACGUCGUGUGCAAGAACUACAAGGACAAGGACAACUCGAUCUGCAGGCACUUCUUCCAGUUCCUGUGGGAAGUUCUCUCCUCCCAUAAAAAGAACAACCAGAGUCUUCUGCAGAUCAUUAAGCCGUUCCACUUCACAACUAUCGCAAAAAAACUAUACGAGUUUAAUAACGUGCUAUUAAACAGUGAACUGUACGAUUUAAUGAAUAAAAACGAUGUGUUCGAGGACUAUUUGUCCUCCUCCAAAGAGUUCAUAAGUAGCCAUAAGUUACUUGAUUUUUUAUAUCCACAAAAACUGUUGGAAAAUAAAACUGACAUACAGUUACUGAAGCUGCAAUACAACAACGAAGUUAUUAACACCAAUAACGUGAAGAGAAAAAGAGUUGAAACUCCAAUUGAGUCUGAAAGUGAGCCUGAACCUGAUUCACCAAUAUGGUCUUCUGAUAACGAAGAUCAAUAA